AACUUUGCCCGCCGCCGUCUUUUUGGUCGUCUUCUUCUGUUGUGUGUGUUCGAAGGAAGCAAAAUCCUGCCAAACCAGAGAAUUUUAUCGGAAAAAAGUUGGAAAUACAGUGAAUUUCAGGGGAAAAUUGAACUUUCGUGGCGGAUGAUUGUGUGCUGAAGCGAGUGGUGUUGAAAAAUAGUUGAGGGGAAAAGGACAUUCCAUCGGGCAGUGAGAAGCAGGAGAGGAAACCUGAAAGGACGAAACGGAUUCCGCAAUGGCUGACAUCGUUUAUCCCCCGGGGUGUCGACCGAUAAACGAAGAUCUCGGUCCGGAUGAGUUGAUCCGGAGGUUGAAGACGCUCACGCACACCCUGCAGGCCAUGGGACAGGACGAGGGCAUGUACACGCAGUACAUUCCGCUGGCGGUCCAUAUGGCGGACGAUUACUUCCUGCAGCAUCCCUCCAAGGAUGUCCAGCUGCUGAUUGCCUGCUGCAUUGCGGACGUUUUGCGCGUUUAUGCCCCGGAAGCGCCCUACAAGGACCAGGACCAGAUCAAGGGGAUCUUCUUGUUCCUGAUUAAGCAGCUAAAUGGGCUGAAGGACCCGAAGGAUCCCGCCUUCAAGCGGUACUUCUAUCUGCUGGAGAACUUGGCCUACGUGAAGUCGUUCAACAUGUGCUUCGAGCUGGAGGAUUGCCAGGAGAUUUUCUGCACCUUGUUCAGUUUGAUGUUCAAGAUUGUCAACGAUGAGCACAGCAGUAAGGUCAAAUCCUUCAUGCUUGACGUUCUUUGUCCGCUGAUCACCGAAUCGGAUUCCGUGUCGUUCGACCUGCUGGAUCUCAUCUUCAUCAACAUAGUGGAACCGCUUCGAACGCAGCGUAAAAACGCAUACCAUUUGGCGAAAGACUUGAUUGUCAAAACGAGCGACACCCUAGAAUCCUACACGUUGGCAUUCUUCAACCAAAUUCUCAUCCUGGACAAGUGCGAAAAGCAGUACCAGACGAUGCCGAAAAUCUACGACGUAAUCUACGAACUGAACGUCAUCAGCCCCAGCAUCCUGCUUUCGGUGCUUCCCCAGCUGGAGUGCAAGCUCAAAUCGGCACAGGAAACCGAACGACUGAAGGCCGUUUCGCUGCUGGCGAGGAUGUUCUCCGAGAAGGAUUCCACCCUGGCCAAGCAGUACGGGCCACUCUGGAGACAGUUCCUGGGACGGUUCUACGACAUUGCCGUCCCCAUCCGAAUCAAGUGUGUUCAGAGCACCAUGCACUUCCUGCUGAACCAUCCGAACCUGCGGAAGGACAUUAUCGACAUCUUGAAGGUGCGUCAGCACGACUCAGAUGAAACCGUCCGCUACGAGGUGGUGAUGGCCAUAGUUGAAACCGCCAAACGGGACUUCCAGAUCGUGUCCGAGUCGGAGGACCUUCUCGAGUUCGUUAAGGAGCGCACACUGGACAAAAAAUACAAAAUCCGCAAAGAGGCCAUGAAUGGACUGGCAAUGAUCUACAAGAAGUAUCUCAGUGACAGCAAUGUCCCGGAAGCGACCAAGAAAGCGGUCAACUGGAUCAAGGAUAAGAUUCUGCAUGGUUACUAUAUGACCGGGAUCGAGGACCGAUUGCUCGUGGAACGUUUGUUGAUCACGUGCUUGGUACCGUAUCAGCUUCCAGCCGAGGAUCGAAUGAAGAAGCUGUAUCAGCUGCUGGGAACGAUCGACGAGAACGCAACUAAAGCGUUUAUAGAACUACAGAAGAAUCAACUAAAGGUCCGGCGAAGUGUUGCCGAGUGGAUCAAGCUGCACCGCAUCAAGGACAUUACGCCCAACAUUCAGAAGGACAUGAAUGCCAAGUGCGCCAACAUCGCCAAACAACUCCCGGAACCGGUAAAAGCCGGUGAGUUCCUACUGAAGUUCAGCGCCCAGAUGCGCAAAGAUCCCAAAUUGAUCACCGAAAUGGAAACCAUUUUGAAACGGGACGUCACCUGCAAGGAAUGCGCCGACACAAUGGCCAUCGUCCUAAAGAAACUCGGCCAACCCAUCAUGACCAACACGUACUACAACACGGUAAAGAUGCUCCUGGAACGGAUCGCCUCGGUCAUGGUCGACAAGCAGUCCAUCGGAAUCCUGAUCGAACUCAUACAGGAAUGUAUGAACGGCUCCGAAGUGAUCGACGAAGUCAGCCUUCCGUCGGAAUCGGCCGGAGAGCGCGGCCUCAAAUUGCUAACAGUACUCGCUUACGUCUUCUCAGCUCACUUCCAGCACGAAGAAAUUCUCCGCCACAUGAUCGGACUCCUGAACUUCGACGAAGAGUACGUCGCUCCCUACGUCCUCAAAGCGUUCACGUAUCUCGGGCGGUAUAAACCUCUGAUCGAGUCGCAUGUCGAAAUCCUGAAAGAACUUGGCCCCAUCUGCAAGGAAUUCGCCGUGGCUGGUUCCCCCAAACAGGCCAAACACGCCAUCCGGUGCAUGUUCGUGAACACCCAGACCACCGACCCGAAAGUCGAUCUCAGCGUUGACAUCUUCCCGGAGAUCGUCGAAUCCUUCAAGCUCACCCUCAACCCGGAAAACGAACACUACCGGACGGCGAUCGUCAGUCUGGGUCACAUCGCGUACAACCUCCCGGAGAAAUUCCACGUACAAAUCAAGAACAUAAUCUCGCGGAAGAUCGUCAAGGAGCUCCUAGUGAAAGAAACCUCCAACAGCCGGGAUGAAGUUCCAACCACGGACUGGUGCGACGAGGAUGACCUCCCCGAGGAAACCCGCUGCAAGGUGGAAGGCCUGAAAACGAUGGCCCGGUGGCUGUUGGGUCUGAAGAAGGACGUCCUGUCGGCACAGAAAACGUUCCGGAUGCUGAACGCGUUCAUCAGCAAGAAGGGGGACCUGCUGGAGCAGGGAACGCUCUCGUCGGCGGAGAAGUCCUGGUUGCGGUUGAGCGCCGGCAAAGCGAUGCUCAAAAUUUGCGAACAGAAAGGCGUCGGCGAUCAGUAUAUAGUGGAACAGUUUUACAACCUCUCUCAGCUUAUGUCGGAUCCGGUGAUUGAAGUGCGAGAUAUUUUCGUGAGAAAGCUGCACAAAGGACUGAACAAAGGUAUUCCACACAAAUGUUUGCCGCUGGAUUUCAUGGGCUAUUACGUAUUAGCGGGGCGUGAGACCGACAGAAAGCUUCAGCAACAAAUUAAAUCCAACAUAGAAACCGACGUCAAUCGACGCAGGGAAUACGUCAAAACAUUCGCAACUGUCGAACGCGCCAUGAGCCAGCUUCCGCACAUCCUUCCGGACUACAUGCUGGUAUUCGCUGUCACAGUAUUAACCCACGAUCCGCGCUUCACACGACACACCGAUCCCGCCCAGCUCAGGCAGAUAGAGCGGUGUUUAUGGCUCAUACUGGAGCCCCUGGUAACCAAUAAGGAAUUCUUCUGCUUUGGUUUCUACAAGAAUCUUAUCGAACGCAUGAAGAACCACAAGGAUGCGUUGAAACCCGACGACGCGGAAACCAAUAACAAAAUGUGGGCUAUCUGCGACAUAGCACUUGGACUGAUCCUGACCAAAGUGAACACCUACGAUGGGCGAGACUUCCCCGUAGACGCACGCAUUCCUUCAAUGUACUUUCAGGCUCAACCGGAGGAUUUCCACAACACUAGACUUUAUAUACCGGAUGACAUGUAUAAUCUUACUGGAUCGAGUUCGAGCUCGACCAAGAAAAGUCACGCAAGUAUGUCACAAGAUACAUCCUGUAUACCCUGAAGCAGGUUAUGUUUAUUCUUAAGCGAUAAUGACUAGGGUUCGACUGAGGUAUUUAGGGGGUCUGUUCUGGAAAUUGGGUCAAAACCAAAAAAAAAAACAAAAAAUCUCCUUCUAUGGUCGACUUCUGCACAGUCGAUUAAGUCGACAGUAGUCGACGACUUACGCGGCUUACAUAAUAUAUUGCCAGACUCGAUUUUCGAAAUGCACCUCUUAGGCUUGGGAGAUCUCGAAACCAAUUGACGAAUACAACAAACGAUAAAACUAA